GUCACAUGUUAUUUUGAGAGGAUAGUUUCAUCAAGGCGUUGCCAGAGUGCUGCUGAUGUGAAGACGGUAUUUAAACCUCUCUGUCAUAAGCAAAGCACUCUGACAGAGACUACAGCUGCUUUGGGAUGCCUAACUGGGGAGGAGGAGCUUCCUGUGCAGCCUGUAUGAAGACUGUGUACCAUGCUGAGGAGAUCCAGUGCAAUGGGAGGAGCUUCCACAAAACCUGCUUCAUCUGCAUGAGUUGCAGAAAAGGGCUGGACAGUACCACCGUUGCAGCCCAUGACUCAGAGAUUUACUGCAAGACUUGUUAUGGCAAGAAGUAUGGACCAAAAGGCUAUGGAUACGGUCAAGGAGCAGGAGCUCUGAGCUCUGAUCCUGCAGGACCGGAAGAAGACCUGCAGCCACAAGAAUCUAAGCCCCGUCCGGUCUCUUCCAACCCCAGCACCAAUAAGCUUUCACAGAAGCUUGGGGGAUCAGACCACUGCCCCCGCUGCUCCAAAGCUGUCUACGCAGCAGAGAAGGUGAUGGGAGCAGGAAAGGCGUGGCAUAAAACCUGCUUCCGCUGCGCUCUCUGUGGCAAAAGCCUGGAGUCGACCACAGUGACUGACAAGGAUGGAGAGCUGUACUGCAAAGUUUGUUACGCAAAAAACUUUGGUCCAAAAGGCUUUGGAUUAGGAAACGCUGCCAUGUUGGAAGAACGAGAGUGAACCCCGUAGGACUGCCGUCUUUGUGGAGGCACGUCCUUCACUUUAACACCAGCUAAUGAUCGCUACACCAGACAAAGAGCAUUCAAGACAGAAAUGUCUCUAAGUGGAUUCAAUGAAUGAAAAAAAAAGUUUCAAAUGCAAACUGAGAUCUUUUUUAGAGUCCAGAGUGGGUGGAAUAUGUUUGUUGCAUGUUGUCCCAGCUAGUAGCAGCACAAUGGAUUACAUCAUUAAAGAUGCUUGCUACAAUCGG